AUGAACUUCAGAUUUCUUUCGCGUACUUUUCCCCUGCGCGAUUAUUACUUCUAUGUGCCGAAAUUGUGUCUCGGUGCGCUGGGCUUUUGGCCGCUGGACACAAGUGCGCCAGAUGCAUCCAAUGUGUGGGCUUGGGUGAAUCUCAUAAUUUUGACCAUUGGCGUCUUUACCGAGAUCCAUGCGGGCUGCGCGGUGCUGAAGACCGACCUGGAGCUCGCUUUGGACACACUCUGUCCGGCCGGUACUUCGGCAGUGACAUUACUCAAAAUGGUUUUGAUCUAUUAUUACCGCAAGGAUUUGGCAUGGGUGCUAAAGCGGAUGCGUGACUUGGUCUAUGAACGCGACGUGUCAAUAAAUACCGUUAAGAAGCAUAUUGUACGCGCGCAUGCCGUUAUGGCAGCACGUCUCAAUUUCAUACCGUUUGUUAUGGGCUUCAUUACGUGCACCUCGUACAAUCUCAAGCCGUUGCUAAUGACUCUGAUACUCUAUAUGCAAGGACAAGAGCCUAUGUGGAAGCUGCCAUUCAAUAUGACCAUGCCGUCAUUUCUACUGCACGCGCCCUACUUUCCGCUUACCUACAUAUUCACCGCUUACACGGGCUACAUUACGAUCUUCAUGUACGGCGGCUGCGAUGCAUUUUACUUCGAAUUCUGUUCGAAUACAGCGGCCCUACUCGAACUGUUGCAGAACGAUUUGAAGUCUAUCAUCAACUUUGCUCUUGAAGAAAACCAACUCAGCUUAACAACAGAGGAGUCCACCGUGCUGGAGUGGCGUUUGGUGCAAUUCAUAAAGCGCCACAAUGAUAUUAUCGAGUUGACGCGCUUCUUCUGCAAACGUUACACUGUCAUCACAUUGGCGCACUUCGUCUCUGCUGGCCUGGUGAUUGGAGCAAGCAUAUUUGACCUUAUGACGUUUACCGGCUUCGGCAUUGUCAUCUACAUUGGCUAUACCAUCGCCGUUUUGGGUCAGCUUUUCAUUUACUGCUAUGGCGGCAGCAUGGUGGCGGAGAGCAGCGUUCAAUUGGCCACCGUGGCGUUCGGCUGUGAUUGGCAUGCCUGCAAUCCCCGACUGCGUCGCUAUGUGCUGAUGAUAAUUAUACGCUCGCAGCGUGCCAUCAGCAUGUCUGUGCCAUUCUUUGCGCCCUCGCUAAUCACAUUCACAUCGAUACUACAGACAUCCGGUUCGAUUAUUGCUUUGGCCUCCUCUUUCAAAUGA